AUCGGUUACUUGUAGACUUCAAACACAAACUACUUAAAAGGUGGAUUUAAUUAACUAACACGUUAAUCAAGUUUCACUAAAACAAAGUUAGCAAAAAAAGUUUCUAUCAACCCUUCCCUUCUUCCCCGCGUUGUGUGUCACGUUCCCCACCUCUCCAUUAUCUCUUCCUCUUUUUCAUUUUUUUUGUGUGUUUCUUCUCUCAGAAAAAGACAAGACAAUGCCUGUUUCUUCAGAGCCUUCGUCUUCUUCAACAACAAUCGGUCAACACAUCAGACUCCGACCAAGAAAUCUCCCACUACUUCCCACCGCCGAUGAGCCUCUAGUUCCAAAACCUAGCCGUGUCUCUAAAUCGGCCAUGUCUUCCUUCUUCCUCUUACCAUCUAACGAAACCACAAGGAAGACAACGUCGUCGUUUCGCAGGCUUGGCUGCACUUCCUCCGCGUCUCAGCAGGUCUCCGUCCCGGCGGUGAUUCGCUCCUCCGCGGAUUGGGGUGCGACUAAGACCAAGAGCAAGAACAAGAACAAGGGUACUGGUCGCGAGAGUGGCGGUUCGGUUAAGAUCUUGACCGAGGCAGGAGAUGGAGGAAACGCUUGUGGAGCGGUUCCUGACGUUUGGUGCGGACCCGGUGUUGGGUUCUCGAUGGACGCGGUGGUUGACCCCGUGGAAGCGGAUCCUCCGAGAAGGAAUAUUCCGGCUAGACGCAAAAUCGAUGGUGGUGAUAUGAACAUUAGUAGUACUAGUCACAAGUCUAAUCAGACAGAGGGUUCUUCUGUUCCUCCUAGGCGAUCUCAUAAUCAAGAAUCAAAUCCUUACUUUGACUCUGAUUUGACUUCGCGUGGUGAACAGACGCAGACCCUUUUCUCUGAUAGAUAUCAUCGUCAUCUACGACAACCUUACCCUAAUGGGCUCUCCGAGAUGAUGUUGCUACGGAAUAGUCUUGUAAUGGGAGGGGUACUUAGUUCUUACGAUCACUUCCGUGACUUGAGGCUCAACGUCGAUGGCAUGUCAUACGAGCAACUUUUGGAGCUUGGAGAUAGAAUUGGGUAUGUGAACACUGGGCUCAAUGAAAAACAGAUCAAAACCUGUCUCCGGAAAGUCAAACCAUUCAAUAAAGAUACACCAUUAGAUGAUAGAAAGUGCAGCAUUUGUCAAGAAGAUUACGAGGCAAAGGACGAGGUGGGGAAGUUACGAUGUGGGCACAGAUACCAUAUCAGCUGUGUGAAACAGUGGCUGCUGAGGAAGAAUUGUUGUCCUGUCUGUAAAACGAUGCCAUGUGUUUCAAAGUCUUAGAUAUUUAUAUCUCCUCAUGCUUUGAUGAUUCUUUUUUUCGAGAUUGAACCCAAUCACUAUUUUACUUUCAGAUUAUUUAUUUUCUCUUGAUUUACUAUUUUACUGCUGAAAACAAAACUGGUUGAUCAAACACUGUAAGCAACAUCAAUGUUGGUGUUUAUUA